AUGAAGAUCGAUGAUGACGUCCCUCUAGAUGACAGCCUACCUGAUGAGCACAUCUACGCUGUUGAGGUGAUCGACUACGGCGAGCCCCUGCUCGCAGAUGACGGAGUUCGAUCGAAUGCUGGUGACGGAGGUCGAUCGAAUGGGGAUGACGGAGAUCGUACUAUGAGCUGUAACGCUGUUGACCAUCCCAGUUUCCCAUGGUUUGGAGAGAUAGCUAACUACCUCGCUGCUGAGCAUGAACCUACAGGAUCGAGAUGUGUAGCUGAUGAGGAGAUAUCUGGGAUCUUGUUCCACUGUCAUAGCUCAUCUUAUGCUGGACCCUUCGCCCCAUACAAGACAGUAUCCAAGGCACUGCAAGCUGGCUACUGGUGGCCUAACAUGUUCCGAGAUGCACACAGUCCUACUAAUGAUACAAAGGUCGUGAUGAAGAUGUUCAAGUCGGUGAUCAUCCCUCGAUUUGGUGUGCUGAGAGUUGUUAUCAGUGAUGGAGGUUCCCAUUUCAUCAAUAUAACCUUCGAUAAUAUGUUGAAGAGGCACGGGGUGAAGAACAAGGUGGCGACUCCUUAUCAUCCCCAGACGAGUGGUCAAGUAGAACUAUCGAACAGAGAAAUCAAGAACUUUGCUGAUACCGACAUCACAGAGAGGGAAUCUGUUCCUCUUAGUGAUCCAUCUCCUGCCUAA